AAAACAAAAAAAGUCUUUAACGUAAAUCCAACCCCCCCGAUUCCCUAUUAAAAUCCUAAAAUCCUCUCCAGGAAAAAAACCCUACCCAAUUUACCCCAAUCCCAUCCCCCACAGCCGUCGCAAAAAUGCCCGUCCAAGACCUCACACCUCCGCCCGACGCCGCCGCACGAAACGGCGACGUCGAGAGCAGCGAAGCCGAAGACGAGGCCUGGGUAUGGGCCCAGAUCAAGGCCGAGGCCCGCCGCGACGCCGAGUCGGAGCCGGCCCUGGCCAGCUACCUCUACUCCACCAUCAUCUCCCACUCCUCCCUCUCCCGCUCCCUCUCCUUCCACCUCGGCAACAAGCUCUGUUCCUCCACUCUCCUCUCCACCCUCCUCUACGACCUCUUCCUCCACACCCUUUCCUCCUCCGACCUCCUCUCCUCCACCGUCGCCGACCUCCGCGCCGCCCGCGAGCGCGACCCCGCCUGCACCUCCUACUCCCACUGCCUCUUGAACUACAAGGGGUUCUUGUCCAUCCAGGCCCACCGCGUGGCGCACAACCUGUGGACCCAGAACAGGAAGCCGUUGGCGCUGGCGUUGCAAUCGAGGAUUGCCGACGUGUUCGCAGUUGACAUACACCCCGGGGCUAAAAUCGGAAAGGGAGUUUUGUUGGACCACGCGACGGGGGUGGUGAUCGGGGAGACGGCGGUGGUGGGGAAUAACGUCUCGAUUUUGCAUCACGUGACGUUGGGCGGUACCGGAAAGGUGGGUGGGGAUAGGCAUCCGAAGAUCGGGGAUGGGGUGCUGCUAGGGGCGGGGGCGACGGUGUUAGGGAAUGUUAAGGUGGGGGAAGGGGCGAAGGUGGGGGCGGGGAGUUUGGUGUUGAUUGAUGUGCCGCCGUGGACGACGGCGGUGGGGAAUCCGGCCAAGUUGGUGGGGGGAAAGGAGCAGCCCAAAGUGCAUGAGGACGUGCCCGGGGAGAGUAUGGAUCAUACCUCGUUUAUUUCUCAUUGGUCUGAUUAUGUCAUUUGAUGAGGAGACUGUUUGGUUGCGGGCGAAUUGGAUGGAUCAGGGCUUUGCUUUUCAAACUCGAGUGUCCGAGUCAAUUUACGCACGCCUCAACCGAUUUCUAAUAACCCAAUCCCGUCAUUUACUAGCGUAGAGCCUAAUUAAAGCCAGGUAGUCAACUGGUUCUUUGUUUUUUUUUUGUUUUUUUUUGGUCGUUGGGUUCUAUGUUUGUUUGAUAAUUCUGGGUUACUAUUUGUUUAUUUUACGUAAUUUACUUAUUCGAUUUUCUGAUAAGUAAAUAUGCGAAGUGAACAAAUAUGGUAGAAUUAUUAAAUGAGCCGUGAAGGAUAAUAAUGUUAGUAGUAUUGGUUCUAAAGUUUUGGUAGAGAGGUAGUGCUGGGGGAAUUGGAAAUCCUGCACCGCAGGGAGUGCACUUCAGGGUGUAGUGCUGGGGGGCGGAUGUUACUAGAGACAAUGAGUUGUAUGGAUAUGUAUGGUUGUGAAAACUAAGCGGCAAUUAUGAUGCAUAAUUGCAUAUGCGGAAAAUAUUUAUGUAAAUAUUUGUGGUUGUAGACUUUUUGUUC